UGAUUUUGGUGACGCUAAAGUAAACAAGAGUGAAGUUAUUGAAUUUAUUACUAAUCAAACAAUACUAAAAUAACAAAAAUAUCUUAAAAUUCAGAUUUUUUGAUUUAGUUUCAAACCAAGAGUUGUAGUAUGACCAGCAGGAGACAAUUGAAGGCUUCAAUGAUUUUGGUGACGCUAAAGUAAACAAGAGUGAAGUUAUUGAAUUUAUUACUAAUCAAACAAUACUAAAAUAACAAAAAUAUCUUAAAAUUCAGAUUUUUUGAUUUAGUUUCAAACCAAGAGUUGUAGUAUGACCAGCAGGAGAAAAUUGAAGGCUUUAAUGAUUUUGGUGACGCUAAAGUAAACAAGAGGGAAGUUAUUGAAUUUUAUUACAAAUAAAAGAAUAUUAAAAUCAUGAAAAUUUCUGAAAAUUGAGAUUUUUUCAUUUAGUUUCAAACCAAGAGUUGUAGUAUGACCAGCAGGAGAUUAUUGAAGGCUUCAAUGAUUUUGGUGACACUACAAUAUAUAAGAGUGAAGUUAUUUAAUUUAUUACUAAUAAAACAAUUCUAAGAUAAUGAAAAAUUCUUUAAAUUCAGAUUUUUUGAUUUAGUUUCAAACCAAGAGUUUUAGUAUGAGCAGCAGGAGACAACUGAAGGCUCCUGUGAUUUUGGUGACACCCUAACCCAGAGAGCAGAGGUGAGUUGCACAUUGCAGACAGUAGACUUUGUUCUUUUACUCAUGUGUUUAUUGUGUUUGUUUAUUUCAGAUGUUAGAGUUAGAAACAUGCACAUUGUCAGUCAUUGUAGACAGUAGACUUUGUUCUUUUACUCAUGUGUUUAUUGUGUUUGUUUAUUUCAGAUGCUGAGAGAUCAAGUGGUGGACGUCCAGAGAGGAGAGAUGCUGAGAGAUCAAGAGGUGGACGUCCAGAGAGGAGAGAUGCUGAGAGAUCAAGUGGUGGACGUCCAGAGAGGAGAGGUGAGUUACAAACAUGCACAGUGUCACGUAGGUGAUGAGUGUUUUGUGUGUCUCUUUAUUGCGGUGACUUGUUUUGAUCACUUGUAUGUUUGAUUGAUUGCUUUGUGACACAUUGAAGACAUUGGACUUUGAUCAUUUACUCAUAUGUGUCUUUUAUUUGUUUCAGGAGGUUCACAGAGAUGAGUUGCAACAAGAAAACGUUAUGCAUGGUGUCAGAGAUUUGCCGUAGAAGCAGAGCUUCUUCUUCUUCUUCUUCUUCUUCUUCUUCUUCUUCUUCUUCUUCUUCUUCUUCUUCUUCUUCUUCUUCUUCUUCUUCUUCUUCUUCUUCUUCUUCUUCUUCUUCUUCUUCUUCUUCUUCUUCUUCUUCUUCUUCUUCUUCUUCUUCUUCUUCUUCUUCUUCUUCUUCUUCUUAAUGGAAUUUCACCUAAAUAAAAAAAAAAAAAAAAAAAAAGAGUCCAAACUGCAUUGUCGUCAAUUUUUCUGAAAAACAAAGAGGAAAGUGUGAAGAGAGAGAAAAGUAGGAAAGAGGAAAAGAGUAAAGUGUGAGAAAAAAGCAAAGAGAGAAGAGAGGAAAAAGAAGAAAGUUUAAGGAAAGAACAAAGAGAAAAAGAACAAAGUGUGAGGAAAGAGGAUAGAGGAAAAAAGACUAAGUGUGAGAGAAAGGGGAUAGAGGAAAAAAAGACUAAGUGUGAGAGAAAAGGGGAUAGAGGAAAAAAAGACUAAGUGUGAGAGAAAAGGGGAUAGAGGAAAAAAAGACUAAGUGUGAGAGAAAAGGGGAUAGAGGAAAAAAAGACUAAGUGUGAGAAAAAAGGGGAUAGAGGAAAAAAGACUAAGUGAGAGAAAAGGGGAUAGAGGAAAAAAAGACUAAGUGUGAGAGGAAAAAAAGACUAAGUGUGAGAGGAAAAAAGACUAAGGAAAGAGUGAGGAAAGAGGAAAAAGAACAAAGUGCUGCUUUACUCUUGUGUUUGAUUGUUUCAGAUGCUGAGAGAUCAAGCGGUGGACGUUCAUAGAGGAGAGGUGAGUUAGACAUUGUCACACAUUGCUGCUUUAUUCAUGUGUUUGUUUUUUUCAGAUGCUGAGAAGCCAAGUGGUGGACGUCCAGAGAGCAGAGAUCCUGAGAGAUCAAGUGGUGGACGUCCAGAGAGGAGAGAUCCUGAGAGAUCAAGUGGUGGACGUCCAGAGAGGAGAGGUGAGUUACACAUUGUCACACAUUGCUGCUUUAUUCAUGUGUUUGAUUGUUUCAGAUGCUGAGAGACCAAGUGGUGGACGUCCAGAGAGGAGAGAUCCUGAGAGAUCAAGUGGUGGACGUCCAGAGAGGAGAGGUCCUGAGAGAUCAAGUGGUGGACGUCCAUAGAGGAGAGAUCCUGAGAGAUCAAGUGGUGGACGUCCAGAGAGGAGAGAUCCUGAGAGACCAAGUGAUGGACGUCCAGAGAGGAGAGAUGCUGAGAGACCAAGCGGUGGACGUCCAGAGAGCAGAGGUGAGUUACACAUUGUCACACAUUGCUGCUUUAUUCAUGUGUUUGAUUGUUUCAGAUGCUGAGAGACCAAGUGGUGGACGUCCAGAGAGGAGAGAUCCUGAGAGAACAAGUGGUGGACGUCCAGAGAGGAGAGAUCCUGAGAGACCAAGUGGUGGACGUCCAGAGAGGAGAGAUCCUGAGAGAUCAAGUGGUGGACGUCCAGAGAGGAGAGAUCCUGAGAGAUCAAGUGGUGGACGUCCAGAGAGGAGAGGUGAGUUAAACAUUGUCACACAUUGCUGCUUUAUUCAUGUGUUUGAUUGUUUCAGAUGCUGAGAGACCAAGCGGUGGACGUCCAGAGAGGAGAGAUCCUGAGAGAUCAAGUGCUGGACGUCCAGAGAGCAGAGGUGAGUUACACAUUGUCACACAUUGCUGCUUCAUUCAUGUGUUUGUUUGUUUCAUAUGCUGAGAGACCAAGUGGUGGACGUCCAGAGAGAAG